CCCCGCUCUCCGCUGCUGCACCGACACAGCCGCUGCUUGUCCCCGUCGACCAUCUGCUCCUCGACUGUCUUCCAUUCCACACCUUCUAUUCCUUCAACAGUUCUCUCCAACCUUUCAAUAACCAGAAGUCAAGGUUGGGCAAGUCUCUUCCGCCACUGGGAAUCCCUGAACUGACAAUGAGUACUCUCGUCGCGCCUCGUCCUCCAGUGUCUAGGAAUAAGAAGAAAAUGGCUUCUCCCCGCGAAGCCACUCCCGCCGCACCUGCCACUAACGCCGUUGAGCCGAGCGAGAACCCCGCUCCUCCAACCGCUGCGGCUCCAGCUGCGGCGCCUGAUCAUCCUGCUCCUCAGCAACCGGUUGCAGUCCCUGGCUCCUCCGAACGAUCGACCGUAGAUUCAUCCGCUCCUGCAGCUGUCCUUCCCCCUGCUGCCAUCCCCGGUCCUGUGCCCGGCGCCGUUCCUGGUGGUCCUCCUGGCCCACCGCCCCACCCGAACGCAGUUUGGGUUCCCGGUCCUCCACCUGUCUACCCUUAUCCUCAUCCUGCUUAUCCCCCUUUUCAUCACCCAUCUGCCUAUCCCCAGGGACCACCUAUGGCCUAUCCGCAGUAUCCACAUCCCUAUCCGUCCUAUGCUUAUGGUCCUCCCCCUCCUCACCCCGGAGUUCCCGUGCAUGAAGGGGAGCAGCCUGCACACGAUCCGAAUGCGGCUCCUGUGGCGGCCGCACCGAAUGGUACUGCGCAGAGUCCAGGGCCUGGAGGCAAGAGCCCGGGCCCGGAUGCGAAUGGUUUCCGCGGGGGUUCGCCCCUCCCACGGCUGCCGCCAAUCCUCCCUGUGGAGCGCAGGCACGUUACCACCUCCGCGACUCAGCUUGCAAGCCAGAGCAGGCGAAGAAGCGAUGCCCCCUUUGUAUGCAGCGUUCCUGGUUGUGGAUCUACUUUCACGCGUCGCUUCAACCUGAGAGGUCACAUGCGUUCUCAUACGGAAGAGAGGCCUUUCCUCUGCGAGUACGGAUGUGGCAAGAGCUUCGCACGUCAGCAUGACUGCAGGCGGCAUGAAGCGUUGCACCAGAAGACGCAAGCUUAUGCCUGUGCACACUGUGGGAAGUCUUUCUCUCGGAUGGACGCGCUGAAUCGUCAUCUGCGCUCUGACGGUGGUGCCGAGUGCCGAAAAUACGUUCAACCUGGUGCUGCAGCUGUCAUCACUGCUCCUGGUGCUGGCAGCCGCGCAUCCCGAACCAAGCCUGUCCCGCCUGGUCAGAAAACGGUCAACCCUCCUCUCCCCUCCCAUGCACACAUAGAUGUGGAUGCGAUCGUUGCCGCGGAAGUUGCCGCGAUUGCAUCAACGAUAGAAGCCGCUGGCCAACAGGCGGUCCCACCUGACCGAGCUGCCCUCCCGCCACCCCUUGCACCAGCUCCUGUACCUGCCGCACCAGUGGACAACACUGAUGCGCAGAGUGAUGGGAGCGGCUACCGCGAGUGACCUGAACUAUAGGAGUACCUAAUCCGGAUUUUCUGUUGUGUCUGGCCGAUGAUGGACACCACUGUGUGCAUUCCUUUGAGGAUAUCCCUUCUUUGCGAGCCUGAGUCUCCUCCUAGCCCUUCCGGUUGUUCCAGUUCUCUGACUUGUCUUGUCCCUCUGUGCUCUCU